GCACCGGCCGCCUCCCUUUGUCGAUCCAUACUUGACGCUGGCCCUCUCUGCUCCUCCUCCACCACCUCCUCCUCGCAUCCACCUGCGUCUCCCUUUAUCCUCGUCCGCGCCCCGCCGCCCACUCCCCUCCACCCUCCUUUGUGCCUCGUGCAUCGCUAGCGCGCCAAGUGGCUCCUUUCUCCUCCACGCGACACCGCCCACUGCCCACCGCCCACCGCCCACCGCCAUCCGCCAUCCGCCCAACGCACAGCUCUCUCCCUGCGCCGCGCGCGAGGGCCCAUCGCCCAGCCGCACCUCAUAAGCGCAACCCCACACCCUCUCCUCCAUGACCGCCCUCCUCUCCUCACCCAUGGAGCCCCGCAUGCGCUUCGACUCGCUCUUCCAGGCGCAGGCGUCGCCCAGCUACGCGCACGACGAGCUGCCCGCCGAGUUCGGCGACCGCUCCUUCGGCUCGUCGAUGAGCCUCGGCUCCUCCUUCGAGCUCUCGACGGCCGGCAGCGCGCACGACCUCGCCGCCCGCGUCUCGCCGUCCACCUCGUUCACCACGCAGAUGCGCCUCGUCGCCGCCGCCGGCAGCAGCAGCGCCCGGCGCGGCGAGCAGGGCCGCCUCGGCGCCGCGCUCGGCACCGUGCUCAACACCAAGUCGCCGCACCUCGCCGCCAAGCUCAGCUCGCCGUACUACAUGGACAUCUCGCCGCAGCUGGCCGCAUCGUCGUCGGCGCUGCGCAGCGAGACGCCCGUGCGCCGCUCCAAGGGCUCGUCGGGCAGCAGCGGCGGCCGCCGCACGCGCGAGUCGUCGCCGGUGCUCGGCGCCCUGCCGCCGGGCAGCGCCAUGAAGGAGGACACGCCGCACGGCGACGCCCGCAAGCCGGCGUCCGGUGCCUUUGCGCCGCCCAGCGCCGGCGGCUCGCUCGGCCGCCUCUUCGGCACCGAGCUCUCGCUGAGCAACGCGCUCAGCGACACGGACAGCAGCCCGGACAAGGAGCCGCCGAUGAAGCGGCGGCCAGCGUCGCUGCCUCUCGGCGGCGGCGAGAACCACUCGCGUCCGAGCAUCCGCUCCGCACUGGCUCCGUCGGGCUCGUCCAUCGGGCGGCGGCCGAACCUCAUGAAGAGCAUGACGCAGCAGCCCGCCUCCUCAUCAGGCGUGCCGGCGCGGAAACGCGCCAGCCUCGAGGCCCUGCAGCGCAACUCCGACUCGCUUGUGCACACCCUCGGCGGCGUCCACGCCCGCAGCCGCUCGCACUCCGCGGAGUCGACCUCCUCUGAGCUCAAGCCAUCCACGUUCAACGACCAGCGCCCCAUGCACAGCCCGAUCCUGGAGUCCCCACCAACUUCCGCCAUGGAGCAGGGCCUCGGCUCGUACUUCUUCGACCCGCACUCGCCCGAGCACGCGCCGGCCGCACCUUGCAGCACCGCACGGCGGCCGAACCUCUCGUUGCAUCUCUCGUCCUCGCCCAACAGCUCGCCUGUCAAGCAGCAGCCGCGACCGGCUCCGCGCAACGCCCUCGGCAGCCGCGUCUUCGAGAAGACGGCGUCCUCAGCGGUGCUGCCGACGUUCAGCCAGGCGCUCGGCAUGAGCGGCGCAGGCCCGGCCAAGUCCUCGCUCGGCAAGCGCGCCAACCCAUACGCUCGCCGGCCGGCUCUGGCGCCCAUCGUCAGCGCCACCAUGGGCGACUGCGACCGCGCCCUCAAGUCCGCCUACCCCGUGCUCGGCAGCAGCCAGGCGUCGCGCCUGACUGCGCCGGCACCUCGCCGGUCUAUGUCCGCCGCCGACCACUCCGGCGUGCUCGGUCACGACCGCCGAGCCAGCAACGGCAGCGGUGGCGAGCGGAUGAUGAUGCUCGCCGCCGACAUGUCCUCUCCCGACGGCGAGCGGCGCUUCCCGCCCGGCUUCGAUGCGAGCGGCUCGCCCAUCGCCUCGUCGGCUCGCCCGCGCGCACGCCCCGCGCUGCUGCGCCAGACCAGCAAGGACGACACCUCGCCGCUCGGCUACGGCAGCAAGCGCGCCGCCGAGGACCGCGGCAUCAGCCUCAACGAGCCGUCCAUGGCUGGCUCGCCGAGCUACGGCGCCGAGUGCAUGCCUGGCUUCGGCGCGUCGGAGCGCGAGGGCAAGGUGCUGCCGUGCUUCACGGCCAAGGCCGACGGCCUCAUGCGCAUCUCGCCCGCCACGCUCGUCGACGUGCUCGAGGGCCGCUACCAGGAUGAGAUCAAGGACUAUCACGUCAUCGACUGCCGCUUCGGCUACGAGUACGACGGCGGCCACGUGCCCGGCGCCAUCAACCUCAGCACCAUCGAGCGCGUCAAGGCGCACAUCCUCACCGCCGGCCAGGGCCUGCACGCCAACCAGCCGCUGCCGCUGCGCACGCAGAGCGGACGCUGCGACGGGGAUGGCAACCGGCGCAAGACGGUGCUCAUCUUCCACUGCGAAUUCUCCUGCAAGCGUGCGCCCUCGCUGGCGCUGGCGCUGCGCCACGCCGACCGCGCGCUGCAGCAGGACUACCCGUCGUGCCACUUCCCCGAGCUCUACAUCCUCGAGGGCGGCUACUGCGCCUUCUUCAAGGCGUUCCCGACGGUGUGCCAGCCGCAGCGCUACGUCGAGAUGGACGACCCGACGUACUGCGACCAGCGCUCGUCGGAGAUCAGCGGCUUCCGCAAGCAGUUUGCGCCCAAGCAGCCCUUCAACCGCCACCGCUCCUUUACGUUUGGCGAGCGCGUCGUCAGCACCGAGGGCAUCCCACUCGGCGCGCCCGGCUUCGGCCAGACACACACGAUCUGCGAGGAGGAGAGCUCCUUUGAGGACUCGCCGAGCGCUGCUCAGGCACAUGCGGCCCGCAACAAGCGCCCGCUGCUGCAGCCGGCGUCGAAGCCGGCGCCCUUUGGCUCGUCGCAGCCCGCGUCCUUUGGCGCCGCCAACGUCGGCGACACGAGCUUCGGCAGCUCGGUCGGCGACUCGUCCUUCGAGGAGGGCCCGAGCGACAGCCCCUGCGCGGUGGCUGCUCGCCGUCCGACUGCCUUCAACGUCGGCGCCCUCGCCGACUCGCUCGACACGCCGCGCCAGACGCUCUCUCGCGGCCUCGGCGGCCGCGUGAUGCAGCGCGCCAACACCUCGGCCAACGUCCUUGGCCGCUGAACAGCCGCCUCCUUCUCCUUCUCCUCAUUCCCUGGCUUCAUCUCAUGAUACCCACCCCAACUGCAUUGGCUCCUACAUUCAUUCGCUACCCACCGUGCCUCAUCUUGUCGCCCGCUCCGCCGCGCCCCUGCGCGGGUCUAUUGGCGGACGUGCUCUCUGCGCCGUCCUGUGCUGCACCUACAUUGUCUACACUGUGAAUCAACGCCGCUAUUGCAACC